AUGACGGAUCCAAAUAGUUCUGGGUUCCCGCUUUACGAGAUACUUGUGGGUGAUGAUCCGAACGCGCAUCAAUAUGAUUUCGAUACCAAAAUGACCCUUUUGACGAAGUUUAAAGGCCACGUCAAGAAAGAGUUGCUUUAUAUGCCUGCCAUUCGGAGCUAUUUUAGCAGCCUGUUCUUUGUGCUGGGGUCUUUGUCAGAAACAGACAAGCUGUUAGUGUUGGCACACUCCUCUUUGUGCUAUUUGGUUAAGCGGGUAGCGAUGCAAAUGCCGAGCCAUUUCGAAAAUGCAGACUUUAUUAAAGAGCUAUUAAAUCAUCUUUUCCUCCUUGAAGAAGUGAACAAUGAUUUGCUGCAGAGAAAGAACGUCUGGACCAGUUCAAGUAGAGCCCUGGAGGCCGUUUAUUUGGUUCAACCAUUGCUAUUGCAAAGAUGUCUUAAGGAGUUGCUUAGCGAAUUAAAGCACAAGAGAAAGAUUCUUUUAGUCAUUGAUGAGUUUUUGCAGAUGACCAAGAGAAAUAGUUCAAGCAUGAACGAUGAUAUCCUGUUGAUGGAUAUUUUCAGUCCUGAAUGUCUACGAAAGCUGGCUAGGAGUGACGCGAGUGGUGCAAACAGCAAGCUGAUCUUGGAGAUUUUACGAAAAAACUUUCAAAAUGACGAUGAACUGAAGAAUUUCUCCCAACUCAUCAGCGAAGAGAAAAGCUCUUUCAAAGUACCGAUCUUUGACGUUGAACAGGAACUGCGAAAUAUUUACAAAGAUUUUGAACCUUCUGAGAAUAGUCCAGGAAGGUCCGAAGAAUUUAGAGACCGCGAUUUCACAUCGGCAGAUGAUGUCUCAGAAUUUUUGAGCACGUUAAUGGUGCCAUUCCAAAGUUUGAAGGAGACGGAGCAAAACUGGAAGGCUAGACAAUCCAAUUUGACUCAACUUCGAGAUUUAAUAAAUGAAAACGAUUAUGUCAAAGAGAACCCGCUGUCGUUUCUUUCGGCGUGUAAGGAAUUGCAGGUAAUCGAAUGCAUAGGCAAAGCAGUCGUAUCGCUAAGAACAACGUUGUCGAUGACCGCUUGUCAAUUAAUGAGAACUUUUCUGCAAACUUUCAACCAGAACAUAGAUCUGGCCGUUCUUGAUCAAAUAUUCAUGGUACUAAAAGGGUUGCUGUUAACUGCAAAGAAAAUAUCCUCUAACGCUGCAUUCAACUGUCUCAUCGUGCUGUUCAUUCAUACCGGGUUCCAUAGUAAGCUCUUCCAGAACUGUCUGAUGUUGAUAAAUGAAAAAUCAGUUUCGGCAAGAAGUUGUUCGGCUAUUUUACUGAGGAUCAUUCUUAUCAAAUAUACAGAACACAAAAAACUGGACAGCUCUCUGGUCUACAUUGAGGAAUGGCUGAAGAAAGGCAUAACAGACGCACAAACUAGCGUCAGAGAACCUAUGAGAGUGACUUUUUGGUAUUACUAUAAAGGUUUCCCCUCCAACGCCCGCAGUUUCCUUAAUACUCAGUUUUCGUCACAGUUGAAGAAGGCUAUUGAACUGUCAGUGCCGAGCCACUUAGGUAUCCGCUAUAGCAUAACUCAUUCAACAACCUCUUCGUCCUUGUCAGACUCUAUCAAUAAGUCUAAUCGCCAUCCUAGAAGAUAUCCAAGUUAUGCUAAACCUACCCAGUCCUCCAAUGCAUCAUUACUGCGAGUCUCAAACCACAGAUCAACAAGUGAAUUUUUAGCAAGUGAGGUAGACCAAAAUGCGCAACUGAAAAGAAAGAUCAGCGCUCCUCCAUCUUCAACAUCUCUGAAACGACCGAUUAAUACAAUGACUGAAAGGAAAACCAGUAAUUUCAACAGCGAAGUUGAAAGCUCAAUUCAGAUAGAUCUUACGGAAGACAUUUCCAACGGGAAUUCUAACAGCUUGAUAACCAAGUAUUUAGUUAAGGAGCCGAACUCAGAAGAUUUGGAGUGGAUGUAUCAAAGUUUGGCAUCAUCAAAUCAAGCCGCAGUGAAGGAAGCUCUACAGAUGCUGCAAAAGAAGUUAUUGACCGACAAUCCAGAAGGAAAGCAGUCAGUUGAUUUUACCAGGAUUAUUCCUACGUUGAGAAUGCUGAUCAUAAGAGCUCCUGCGGAACUGAAGCCUUUCUUGACAAUUUCCAGCUUUUGCCGAUCAAUACCUCUUAAUUACGUUAUUGAAAUUCAUGCCAUUAAUUUCAUGGACUUCAAUGAGCAGCUAUUAAACGAGCAUUUACAGGAUAAUAUUCUUCGAACAACUUCUAGCUUGAUUAUGUGGCUUCAUUCAAAUGCCUAUGAAAAAGAGAAAUUCGAAAACAGUGCUGAAAUAUCGUUGCAUUAUAUGAAGUAUAAACAAUUCAUCUACAACGUUUGUUUCCGAAUUUUGCGUUCUUUUCUGCAGAUGAAUGCUCAUCGAGAACCUAAUGCCCAAGAGAAGGAAGAAUAUUCUAAUAGUAUGCUGGCCUUAUCUGCUAUAUGGGGUCAAGAGUUUGAUGAGAGACUUUACUUCGACACGAUCUAUCUGUUUUACUCUCAUGAUAGAGAACUUUUUAAGCAAGCUAUGAAUCGAAUCGAUUCAGUCUCGAAAGUUGUUCAGAUAUGUGACAAGCUCGCCGCAAGAGACGGGGAAGAUGACUUUGAUUACGAGACAAUCAUUGGAGAGAGGGUCGCUAGCAGUCGAGUUACCGGCGCCAGUGAAGAGGUGGUUGAAGACCGAAGAUACAUGGAAAUGACCAUGGUUAACCCAUUUCGACCAAACCGAAGUACGAGUGCUGGUAGUGUCGUGCACCACAGAGCUGAGGUUCUAGGAGUCGAAGAUCAGGAGGCAAAAGAGGCAAAAAUCUCAGAGAUGACCAAAGUUGUCAGUGUAUAUGAAAUACCAUCUACACGAGAGAAGGAGACCAACAUCGACGAAGACGGUGACCUAAAAAUGUCGGAGCAAGAAGAUCUUAAUCUUAGUGACAUUUUCACACAUUCGGCUGACGAUGAUCAUUUUGGUGUGAAAUUUUCUAGGGAGCCUCCCAAAAUCAUAAAUCCUAGCACUAGUUCUUCCACAGCGGAUACGUCGUCAGGACUUUUCAAAGACACAACCACAGAGAGACACAGUUUUGGUGGAGAUAUUUCUAACGAAAGGGAUAAAUCUCCUGUUACUCCAUUGCCCGAUCAUGAAGCGAAGAUUUUGAGUCAAGGAAUCAAUGGGAUCGAUAUCACGCCCAAACUUGACGAUGCCAAAAACAAUGUUUCAUCCCAUGAAGAAUCAUCGAAAAUUCUCCGUAAGGCUAUCAAGGAUCGCAGUGUAUCUUUAGAAGAGAAAGUACUACUCAACCAUAUCUCAUCAGAUACUCUGACAUACUACGAGAUUUGUCAGCUUAGCGCGUUUACAGAUGACGCUGUACAUGGCAAUGAUCGUUUUAAACAAAUGAUGCAAGCGAUUGCAAGAAUCAAGAGAGGCUCGUUCACUAUAAGACACUUAACCAAUCUAGCAAUGCCCUUGGUGAACUUUUCUGUCAGUGAAGAUUUAAAAACAUGGCUGGAAACCGACAACGGAUAUGAGGAGUUGCUCCAGCUCGCAAUCUUUUUGUUAAGUUCGGAGGUCGAAAUGUUGUCCAUACCAAUGAACAUGGCAUGCAAAUGCAUAUUGUUGAUAGAGUGCCUAGUCUUGCUAAAUGGUCAUUUGGAUAACGUGGCACCGAUAACCUCUUUCGCAUUUCGGGACAUUUGGAACCGUCUUGUUGAGCUUGUCGGUAAGCUUACCGAUUACUCGAAUGAGAUUUAUGUUUUGCUUAAUGAUUUGAGAGAUUUGCUCAAUGAUGCAGAGUUCUUUUCCGCAACUGAUAUCACUACAAUCAUAACCUUUUUGGCGACACAGGCAGAAGAAUCUGGACCUAGGAUAAAGGAAACAUUCCUCAUAGAGACACUUUCCAUAAUAAUUGCAAAGAACGGUUCAGUAAUCAAAAAAAAUCAAUUCCCAGAAAUCAUCCAAAUGAUGCAGUAUUUUCUCAACAGUGAAUUCACCGAGUGGCGCUGCGCAAGCGCAUCUGUUUUAGCUGAAGUUCUGAAACACUUAGCGCUAACUCAAGCAUCGGAAAAGGACCUGGAGGCUGUGUUCAGCUCACUAUCUGAACAACAAUUUCGUCUGAUAAAACUUCUGGCAUUUCGGUAA